AUGCCGCCCAUGAUGCACCACAUGGCCGAUAGCGGCAAGAGAUUGAACGAGGUGUGCCGAGAUUACAGAAUGACGGGCCGCUGCUCGCGUGGAUCGCGCUGCAUCUACAUUCAUGCCAUGGAAGAACCUCUGGAGAAGCGCGAGCUCUGCCGCGAUUUCUCUCGCGGCUACUGCGCGCGCGGUGAUCUCUGCCCCUACUCGCAUCGGAUGGUGGACGACGCCCCACGAGACGUGUGCCGCGACUUCAUGCGAGGGCUCUGCACGCGUGGCUCUCGAUGCCCCUACAUGCACAUCGGCCUCAUGCCAGCGCCGCCGCCAUUUCUCUUCCCACCACCCAUCUGUCCCUACCUUCACGUCGUCCUCACGGACAAGGACAGCGAAUUGGCCGCUGGCGGCAAGAGAAAGAGGGAGGACGGUGAAGACGACGAUGACGAUGACAAGGACGACUACGUGGACGUCGACGAGCUCGACAAGAUCAACAGGCACCUGCGAAGCGACAACAAGGUGAUCCGCGAGGAGAACAAGAUGCUGCGCGAGGAGAACCUCCGGUUCCGCGAGGACAACAUCCGGCUGCGCAAGCUCAUCGAGGAGAACAAGAAGGACCACAGACAACACUCGCCCGAGCUCAACGCCGCCUCUCCGCUGUGA